AUGUGAUUCCUCCCUGCAGAAUUAAAAACACAAACAGACGUACCUCGACAAAAUAUUGCUGUGUCAUGUGGGUUAAUCGUAUUCUGUUUUGCUUCGCUGCAGUUUUCGUUGUCAUUUCGCUGAUCAUCGGAUACGUAGCUCAGCUUCCGAUUGAAAACGAGGAAAUCAUAAACAGUAUGGCCUGCAACGUAGAUGAGAAGAUGGAUGCAUACCGAGCCAAGAACCAGACGGCGUUUGUUGUCGGUUACACCGGGGAGAUCGGCAAGGAAGUAGUCAAGGAGCUGGCUAAGACGAAGAUCUUCAGCAAUGUGUUCUUGGUCGGAAGGAGAGAAGUGAAAUUUGAGGAUGAACUCUUCAAAGAUUUUAAGAUGGAGCAGAAAGUUGUUGAUUUUGACAAGCUGGACGACAGCGCUGAUGUGUUUAAGGGCCACAGUGUCGGCAUCUGUCUGAUGGGCACAACUAGAGGCAAAGCUGGAAAGGAAGGCUUUAUGAAGGUUGAUCAUGACUACAUCAUGAAGGUGGGUGAGCUGGCCAAGGCAGGUGGAUGCCAACACUACCACCUGAUGUCAUCGACAGGUGCCAACAGAAACAGCUCAUUCCUCUACCCAAAGGUCAAGGGCGAAGUUGAAGAAGAAACUCGUGAGCUUGGAUUUGAGAGAGUUUCUGUUUACAGACCAGCUCUGCUAAUGUGUGACAGGAAGGAGAGUCGUCCCACCGAAUGGUUGGCACGAAAGCUGAUGGCCCCCAUGGAGUAUCUGUCCCCAGGUACAAUGACGUCUCCGACUACGACUGUGGCUAAGGCCAUCAUUAACACCAUCAUAUCUCCCUUGACAGAGCCAUUUGAGAUAUUUGAGUCUAAGGCUAUCCAUAGGAUUACCAAACCCGCGUCAGAUUCUAAAUGUAAGGCUACUGCAGCUGCUGACACUCAGACAACGUCUGGGGGAGACACACAGGCUGCUGCGGCGGACAGUCCGGCACCUGCAGCGGACAGUCCUGCACCUGCAGCAGACAGUCCUGCACCUGCAGCGGACAGUCCUGCACCUGGGGCAGCAGAAAGCUAGACUCUAGCAUAUACAGCACCAUCGAUGAAACACCCCCCUCAAAAAAAAAAAAAAAAAA